ACUUCUUCCAAAUAAAAGGACUACAUUCUAGAAAUUAUUAUUUAUAACAAAUCAAAGGUAUAUCGGUUAGUUCCUUUAAUCGUAUGAAUGAAUUGACUUCCCCGCCAGACGCCAUGUUUUAUUACUAGCCCACUUGGCGUCUACAAACCUCCUGGAGCGCAUCGUAUAUUGUGACUUCACUCAGCUGCGCCACCUCCUCUUUCUAAUUGUCGGCUGUCAUACCAGAAAUAAUAAAUUCUCGAUCGCAAUCCAUCUAGUUCCUACCUAGUAAAAAUAACCCAUCCUGCGAUACUCAGAUCCCAAUAUGGCGUCAGUCCUCGAGUCUACCGAUAUAAAGAAUAAGCUGGAGGAUCUCUCCGGAGUUGUUCUGAAGCCGGGCGAGAACCCAUAUAAUGCUUUGAUUAAAGCAUGUGAUAACGAACCAGAGAAAAUCCAAGCUUUGUAUGCAGCGCACCGCCUCAGGCGCAAUGCACAGCAAAGGGAGAAGUUCUUAGCUCCAGACUACAAAGAGUUGAUAAUUGAUCCGUAUCUAUUGCGGCUAGAGAAUCCGCAGAUAGAACCUGGUUUUAAAGAUACGAGGUACUGCAUGACCUUCUGGGGUCGACCUCCGAUCCAUAUCUUGGAACUCGCAGAUGUGAUCCAGAAAAAGCUCCAAGCCGUCGCACCGAGUAUCUGGCUCAUGCCCCUCCACCGGAUGCACAUCACCACCCUAGAAGUCGACUUCUCCCGCACCGCCGACGAAAUCGAAGCCCUGAAGGAAACGCUCAAACCAGCAAUCCCACGAAUCGCAAACUACACGCACCAACACCGGUCCCGACUCGCCAAGCCCAUGAUAUCCUACGACCUGUCCGCUUUCGCACUCUCCUUCCUCCCCGCAGCGGGUGAACCCCCUCUUUCCCCACCACCAACAGCCCCGGACACGGUUAAGGUCCUCGCACAGGGUGAUACGUACUCGUAUCACCACCUGCGCCGCGACAUGUGGGACCAGGCGAAAGAAGCCGGUGUCACGGUUAGCUCGCGGUAUAUAGUGCCCAGCGCGCAUAUUACGCUCGGUCGGUAUUUGACGAAUAAGGAGCACGCUACUCCGGAGCAGAGACAGAGGUGGGUCGAUGCGAUUGAUGAGAUUAAUGCGUGGUUGGAAAGUACGGUGUGGAAUAACGCCGAUUCGAAAUUGGUUGGGGAGUGGGUUGUCGGUCAGGAGAGGGGGUUAGAUAUUCGGGUCGGUACGCUGUGGUAUGGAGGCGGAAGGACGGUUAUGACGGGUGAGGGGUUCUAAAGGUGUGGUAUCGAGAUUGCGGCGAUAGACGGGGUUUCUUUCUAGUACCUAGAUUCAUGGGCAUAGUUUGAAGCGUUAGGUUGUAGACAAGCGAAAUAUGAAAAUUAUCGUGCUUCAGGAUUCUGAUAAUCCAUGAACGUAAGCCUAGAGCAAAGCGUUCAACCACAUAUAGAAAUAAAUAUAG